GGAACCUAUAAUUUUUGUUAAUAUUAACGAUCCUGAUUUUCCUAUGAGUACAUUCACAAUGGAAAAUCAUAAUAUUGGGGUUUAUUCGAAUGUGUGCAUUAAUUUUCCAGUCAUUGAAAUUACUUAUAGAGCUGAACAAUUAGAAUGUUUUUCAAAAAGUACAGAUGACAAAGUAUAA